AUGUUUGUGUGGAAAGCACCAACGCUGUCACGCAGCUCUCCCAAAUUCAUUAAAACCAUAUGUGGUCUCGCCAUCUUCUCGGACAUCUUCUUUUACGGGCUGCUGCCCCCAAUCCUUCCCAACAUCCUCAGGGACCGUGUGCAUGUCAGGCCUGACCAAGUACAGCUCUGGACCAGUCUGAUGCUUGCAAUCUACAGCAUUGCAAUUGUCAUUAGUUCACCCAUGGCGGGACACUUCUCGGAUGCUGGGAAGCGUCGCAAGCCCCUGUUUUUGUGCGCACUACUCUUCCAAGCUGUCGGAGUYGCUCUGCUGACUGUUGGAUCUUCGCUUGCCUGGUGGAUCAGCGGCGUGAUACUUGCCGGUGUAUCCUCUGGCGUCACCUGGACUUCGAGUCUCGCGCUGGCGAUUGACGUGACUGCGCCAGAAAAUAUGGCGGAGGGUCUCUCUUUCGUCAGCAUCAGCCUUCAGUGUGGCUUAUUCUUGGGCACAGUCCUUAGUGGCGUGGUGUAUCAAAAAGGGGGAUACUACGCCAUCUGGGCCAUGUAUUAUGCAUUGAUCGCACUCGAUGCAGUCUUGCGCCUCGUAAUGGUGGAGCCGCAAAGGUCACAUGCCGCACUCAUGGCAAUCGAAAGCUUGGAUAACGACGUUGGCGAGACACCGWCGACGCCAGAACGUGUUCGGAGCCUACCACCAUCGCUGGUGGUGUGGAGAAGUCCAAGAUUUUUGGCCACCAUAGUCGGGACGGUUCUUAAUGCAACACUACUGACUUCGUUCGACGGCGCUUUGACUAUCCAUCUACAAGAUCUGUUCAGCUAUACACCUCUAGAAGCUGGCCUUACGUAUAUCGCGCUGCUGGUCCCAAUUUUCCUGGCCCCUCUGAUUGGACGAAUGGCGGACCGUCAUGGAUCUCGUCUAGUUCUCACCACCAAUCUGACUCUGGGCACCAUUCCACUAGUAUGUCUGCGAUACGUGAGCUACGACUCGAUCCGGCAACAGGUCCUGGUGUGUGCGCUUUUGUUCCUAGUCGGCUUGACCUGCGCAGGUAGAAUAGGCAUAUAUACGUCCGAGACCAACCAUGCGGUGAAGGAGUUUGCGCGAGAUCGACCGAAGCUGCUCGACGCGCAUCGUGCAAUCGCGAGCGCACAAGGUGUCUGGACUGCAGCAUACGCUGCCGGUUGCGCGCUCGGGCCGGUGUAUGGAGGACUGAUUCAAGGCAGGACCGGGUGGUCCACGGAAACAUGGGCGGUUGCUUUGUUGGGUGUAUGUGCUUCUUUUCUUGCCUUCCUUUUCACCGGCGGCUGGCUUGGCAGGGUAGUCCAGUAG